UAAUUUAAGAUGAAGAAUUAGAAAAAGUAAAAACAAUGAAAGGAGUAGAAGAAGAAAUCAACAAAUUUUAGGAGAAAAUUAAAGAAACAGUUGAAAAUCUUUAAAAGAAUGUUAUUCAAAAGAAUACUGCAAAAUUAUAAUCAAUUGAAGUAAAAAAAUAAAUUAUAAAUUAAAUAGAAAUUUGAACAAGCAGUUAGAGCAAGGGAAAUUAAAAGUGAGAAUGAAACUAUAUUAACAAUUAAAAAAUUCGAACAUCAAAAGAAAUUAGCCUUUAGAGCAAAAGAAAGAAACGAAGACGGAUGGAAAUAAAAAUUAGAAGAUUUAAACAAAGAAACUUAAAGACUUAAAGAUAAUCUAUUGUCAACAGAGUUAUAAUUGAUGGUAGAUAUAGAGGCAGCUUUGGGAGAUUUUGAUGGAAAAUUAGGAUUUAUAACAAAAGAUAUGUCUGAUUAUGUAUCAGGGGAUCAUGGAUUUAAGAAGAUAGGUGAUUUUAUUAGAGAAUUUGGAACUAAAUUAACAGAUAUAGCAAAAUUAGAAUAUGAUAGAUAUUAAGUAUUUGUGUAAUAAGGAAGUGAUUUAAGUGAAUGGGAUGAAGAUUUAUAGACAGUAAUAUAAUUACAUUAAUUAUUAGUUAUUUGAAAAUAAAGGAACACUUUUAGGUGCUGUCAGUAAUAUCAAAGAUAAUUUGUAAUCAAAAGCUAAUACGAAAGUAAAUUGAUAAUUAUUGAUGUUAGGAUACAAAUAUUACAACAUCAAUUGAAAUGAUAUUAAAUUAUUGGUUACAAGUUAUAAAGAGAAGUAAUAUGAAAGAAAUAGAAGGAAUGUAUUGCAAAUUAGCAAAUAAAUUGAAGAAUACACAUAAUAAAUAAGUGAAUUGUUGCAGACACAUUCUGAUGAUGAAUCUGAAAGAAAUUGAUAAUUAUGCAAUAUAAAUGUGGGUUAUUCUACAAAUAUUCAUAUUAUUUAUUAAUUUAUUCUGAGUUAUGGUAUUAUCAAUACUCACGGUGUUAGUUAUGGUUUCUGGGGUUGUAUGACUUCCUUUCCUAUUGGAGAAGAAGAAUGAACAUAAUGAUUGUCAGUAUACUAUUAUUCUUAUUUUAAAUAUAAACAAUUUCAUUUUAUAAGUAAAUUAUAUGGGAUUUAUUAUUUUUACUUAUUAUUAAUUCCAUUUCUCUCCAUAUUAUUACUAUUACAGCAUUAUUUGAGAAAAAUUAAAUGAAGUUCAAAAUAAAGAAUUAUAUAUAAAUAAUUGAAAUAAUAUAUUUAUUUCUAAUGUUGAACUUCCAAAGUGCUCAUCUUCCUAAGAUUGAUAAGCGAAACAAUAAAACUUCAAUAGAGCCCACAGUUAUUGAUGAAACCUUAAUCAUGUAAUUUUUAAAUUAUAUUUAAGUAAAUCAGUGAAGGAUUACAAUUCUGAAAACAAAAUAACUAUGGGAGAUUAAAUUAUGUUAAAUUCUUUGCGUGUCAUGUCAUUGUCUUUUAAAAGUAUUUCAAUAUUAUUAUAUAUCAAUAGACAUUUGGAAGAUCGAAAACCUCUAAGGUUUGGAGAGAUUAGAGAAGUUACAAUUAGAUAAUAACAUAAUAUAAAAAAUUGAGAAUUUAGAUCAUUUAGUCAAUUUGCAUUGGCUUGAUCUAUCAUUUAAUUUGAUAAAAGAAAUUGAAGGAUUAGAUAAAUUAAUUAAUUUGAAAGAUUUAUCAAUGUUUAAUAAUUAACUUACUUCUGUUGGAGGUUUGGACAAUUGUAAAUCUUUGAAUGUUUUAUCAAUUGGUAAUAAUAAAAUACCUUCUUUUGAAAUAGUAACACAAUAUUUUAGUAAAGGAAAAGGAAUGAAAUUCAAGAACUUAUAAGUUUUAAAUGUAGCUGGGAAUCCAUUUACAAAAGAACCAGAUUAUAAAAAUCAUAUAAUUAAUUCUUUACCUAAUCUUAGAUAUCUAGAUUAUAGUUUUAUUGAUGAAGCAUAAAGAAAUUAGAUUAGAGAAUCAGAUGAAAAAUUUAGAACU